GGCAAUUAGCCAAUCUCAAUGAAUUUGUACUUUUUCCAAAUUGCAGGAUUUUUUUGAUGGUACCUGGUAGAAUGUGCAAAUCUGAAAAUUAUUGUUUUUUGAGUAGUCAGCUGUGGAAUGGCAACAUGUAAAUCUCGUGCGUCCAAAAUAAAACUAGAAUUUUGAUACAAUUUUGCAUUUUUAGCGUAUUGUGAUGCAAGAUGGGCGAGAAAAAGAAUCAUUUGGCAAUUCCUAAAUUGGAAACAUUUAACUCCAAAACAGAAUUAGUAAAUACACUUAAAAUAGACAUAAACCCACAAAAUGAUUCAGAAAAAUUGUAUCAACCUCACGAACACAGGAUAUUGAGCCAUCCAAAUAAUUUUUUAGGAGCUUUCCUGCACUUAGUCAAAUCGUCGUUGGGCACUGGAAUCCUAGCUGUACCGAGAGCAUUCAAGAGUGCCGGACUUAUAGUAGGCCUUGUAGGCAACAUUUUAAUAGGAAUUUUGUGUACGCACACUGUAUAUAUUUUGGUUCAAACUUCAGAAAAAGUAUGUCAACGCGGCAAAAUCCCGAGCCUAGGGUUCGCCGAUACCGCCGAAGAAGUCUUCAAACAAGGUCCGAAACGUUUGAGGCCGUGGUCAGGGUUUGCCAAAACGUUUGUAGAGAUUGCGCUAGUGUCUACCUAUUACCUCGGAGUGGCUGUUUAUAUGGUGUUUAUAUCAGUAUCUUUGACUAAGCUCUUCAGCUUUUACUAUCCAGAAGCGGCCGCCUGGGAUCGCUACGCGCUGAAGCUCAUCAUCAUGGUACUACUAAUGAUGCUCUGUCAAAUAAGAGAGAUCAAACAUAUGGUACCAUUUUCCUUCAUAGCCAACGUCAUGUUGGCUGUAGCCUUCGGUAUCACCGGGUACUAUAUUUUCAGUGGAUUAGGCGAAGUUGAAAAGGGUGAACUACAUAUGGGCAACGGAUUUGCAGGUAUUCCAUCUUUUUUCAGUACGGUACUGUUUGCAAUGGAAGGGAUCGGUACCAUAAUGCCAGUGGAAAACUCGAUGCCUGAGCGGCAAUUUUUAGGUUCCUGCGGCGUCCUUAAUUCUGCAAUGGUUGUUAUCGUCUUCUUUUUUACUUCCAUUGGAUUUUUGGGUUACUACCGAUACGGAGAAUUGACUGAAGUAACCAUAACCAAAAACUUGCCAGAUGGAGAAAUUCCAGCUCAGAUAGUCCAAGCAGCCAUAGCUAUUUCGGUAUUUUUCUCUUUCAUGCUACAAUUCUACAUACCUACUGACAUUAUGUGGAAGCGGUUGAGAAAUAGUAUUGCUGAAGACCGGCACAAUUUGGCUCAGAUUUUGCUCAGAAUCAUUAUGGUGGCAGUUGUAACAGUUGUGGCAAUAGCAGGAGGUGAAGACUUGGGUUCCUUGAUCGACUUUGUCGGAGCCAUAUUUUUCUCCUCGCUCGGGUUCCUGAUUCCGGCUACUCUCGAAAUAAUCGUCGACUACGAAGAGGGCUGGGGCAGGUACCAAUGGAAGCUGAUAAAAAAUGUAUUUAUAAUAUUUCUAGCGAUUUUUGCCAUGGUCUCCGGCAGCUAUUACGCUGCGCUGAAUAUGAUAAAAAAAUGAUUUCCGAUAAACAAUUUUUGUAGUUUUAAUAAUCUGUAAAAUUUACUCUUAGGGCCGGUAUUUCAAUGAAACCUU